GUCAAGGCCAUGCGCUUAUUAUGAGUUUCCUACUAGACUCGUGCGCCCUAUUUUUUUCUCAGAUAGCCUUCUUUAUAGGAGGAUGGGUUUUCUUUCUUCGACAGCUUUUUCGUGACUAUGAAGUCAAGGACUCCAUAGUAGUACUGAUCUUCUCACUCACUUUUUCCUUGUCUUGUACAGUUUUCGAAUUAGUAAUUUUUGAAAUACUAGAUAUUUUGGAAGCCUCUUCCAGGCGCAUACAUUGGCAGUUUAUUCUUUUAACAACACUCUUAGAUGUCAUAAUAAUCAUCCCAUUUUACAUAUCAUUUUAUAUCAACUUUGUUUCUCCUUUGCACUUAUGACUGCAUAUUUAUAUGCCUUUUGGAAAGUGGGGACAUCUUUCCCUAUUUUGAGUGGAAAACAUGGCAUUGUAUUCUUGGAGCAAUGUAUUGGUCGAAUAGGAGUAGUUGGAGUAACUAUAAUGGCUUUUUUAUCCGGUUUUGGUGCUGUCAAUUAUCCGUAUUCAUGUAUGACUUACUUCGCCUUGUCCGUUUCAAACUCAGAAAUACGCACAGCUGAGAGAAGAUUGUUACAAACUGUAGAUAUGAUUUUGGUGAAGCGUCGAAGACUAGCUCAGUUUCAAUUUGAGGCAAGAAUGAAACGUACUACCAACGAAAAAUCUAACACCUUUUGGAAUAUGUUACGGACGGUUGGAAUGUCCAUUUCAUCACCUCGUAUUGACGAAAAAUUAUUGAAACAUGAGAUAUCUGUCCUUGAGGACUUAAGCCGUCAAUUAUUUCUGGAACUGCACUACCUCCGAACUGCCCAAGAACGUAUUGAAUUUUCAAAAACAUGGAAAGGGAAAUAUUUCAAUUGUCUUGGCUACUUUUUCUGUGGUUAUUGCUGUUGGAAAAUAUUUAUAUCCAUUGUAAAUAUUUUAUUGAAUCGAUUCGGUGGACAAGAUCCUAUAACACGCUUUAUGGGUAUAACUAUACAUUAUCUAGGCUUUCAAAUUGAUGUAAAAUUUUGGUCACAACAAAUAUCUUUUUGGCUCGUCGGUAUAAUUGUUGUAACGUCAAUUCGUGGACUCUUGAUAACUUUAACAAAAUUCUUUCAUGCUAUAGCCAGCACAAAAUCAUCGAAUAUAAUUGUUUUAAUCAUAGCACAAAUAAUGGGUACUUAUUUUGUUUCUUCUGUAUUGCUUUUACGUAUGAAUAUGACUGCAGAGUAUAGGAAUAUGUUAAAUCAAGUACUUGGUGACUUACAGUUUCAUUUCUAUCAUCGUUGGUUUGACGUAAUCUUUCUUAUCAGUGCUAUGUGUAGUAUUGCGUUUUUAUACUUAGCACAUAAACGAGUUGCUGAAAUAAAAGAUGACUAUAUUUCUUGA